ACUCAAAAGAGUGCCCAUUUGUAAUCUGCCUGAUCGUGUAUCAUAUAAGUAAACAUGAAGCAAAAGUAUACAACAAAAUAAUGCCCUUUGCCAUCCCAAAUACGCCACUGAUGGUUCGACUGUAUAUUAGAUUUUGGCAAGUUAAAAAAUAUUGAAAAGUAUAAUGAUGUUGCAAAAAAAAAUUGGGGGACGAGGGACGACGGUGUUGUUGCCUUGUCGUGAAGGUGGUAGUGAAUUGGACUAACAUGAUGAGACUUGGUGGAAUGAAGAACAAAGGCGAAAGAUAACCUACAUCCUUUCGUACCAGGUCAAAUCGGAGUCGUAGCAUUCGGUUAUGCUAAUCGGGCUGCGAAGCAAUCUCGCUGGCUUGGCUGCUUGUUCGUUUACCUCACUUGCUCGUACAUGGUUGGUUCGUAGUCGGGUCGGACUUGCACUACUUCGCUAACUUUAGCCUUUCGUUCAACUAAACUCUUGGCUAUAACAGUUGGACGGAGAAAGCGUUCGAUCGUAGAGCAGUCUCCGUCUGCCCAUUUUUCUGUUUCGUUUCUUCAUUCUCGUCACACUCUUUACGUAUAGUACACCAACACAGACAUAUAUAUAUAUGUAUGUAUGCAUAUUAAAAAAAAAAAAAAAAAAACAAGUAUUCCUUCGUUGUGUUUUGCUCCAUUCUUCUGUUUGUUGCCUAGGCUGUGUUGCAUUUUCUAGUGAAUAGUGGUGACCGAUGAUGAUUUUUAUACGUGACUAAUGUUUAAUGUGUGAAAAGAACUUUGCGCUGCUGUUAAAGCUGUCUGUUAGUUCAGGGAUGAGAAUCGGUUGGAAAUCGGUUUACCAUUCAGUUUGCUAUCAUGUUAGAAACAAAUUCGCACAACUCUCGGGAGUCAACGACAAACGGCACAAGCAUGUGGAAUGCCGGUACAAAUAGCAACAAUAAAAAUAAUAACUGUUCUGACGGGCCGGGCAGUAACAAUAACGGUUGUUCGACGCUUGGCGUCGAAACACGACUUGAAGAUGACGUUCCGGACGAAACUCGCGCGUUGACCGUUCCUUCGGUGACCGCGAAAUCGCCGUGUAUGCGGUCACCUUCGAUAGAUACGGACUUUUCGAAAGAUAGUGAGGCAGAAUGCGGCCUAGGGCCUUGCGCCCCCCAUUGGUUACAAAUGUUCGCGUCAAAACAAAUGUUUUUAAUUGUAUUUUGUAUAACGUGGGUCUUGCAAGGCAUGUAUCAUACGUAUUUCGUAAGCGUAAUCACUACGAUCGAAAAGUUGUUUCAAAUUCAAUCGAAAAUUACGGGUAUUAUAAUGAGUGCGACGGAGAUAGGGCAGAUCGGUUCAUCUUUACUGCUCACUUAUUACGGCGGACAAGGACACAGGCCUAAAUGGAUAGCUUGGGGUAUGGUUUUGUUCGCCGUUUCGUCAUUUACGUGUUCCUUGCCACAUUUCAUUUAUGGGAGACAAUUGAUUAAUGCGAAUGAUCUUUUGGGCAUUGCUAAGCAGCCAAACGUUUGUACUUCACCACCUUCCUCGCCGCCCACCGAUUCUUACGAUCUCUGGUUAAAUUCUACCUCAAACUCCAUGCCAAAAGUCUCCCAUAUAUUUCAAACUUGCGAAGAAGAACUUAUCUCAGGGCACAGAAUACAGCCUUCGGUCACCAAAAUAGUUUUAGCUAUCUUCUUCAUAAGCCUAUUAGGGGUAGGGAUGGGUCAGACUGCCGUUUACACCCUCGGAAUUCCUUAUAUCGACGACAAUGUAGCCAGCAAGGAAUCGCCACUCUAUUUUGCCAUAACAAUAGGAGUGAGAAUAUUGGGUCCCGCAUUAGGCUUCAUAGUGGGAUCGUUUUGCACGAGCAUUUACGCUGACUUAUCAAUCGACCCAAAAAUAGCCACAACUGACCCUAGAUGGGUCGGCGCAUGGUGGUUGGGUUUAGUUUUAAUUGCUGGUUUCCUAAUGCUAGCCUCAUUGGCAAUGUUUGCAUUUCCUAAAAGAUUGUCGUCGAAUGUGCGAUCUGCUCCUAGAAUUCAAAAAUCAGAUGCAAAGCAUCCUAGUAUAAGAGAUUUUCCAAAAACUGUGAAAAGGCUUCUGAAAAACGAUAUUCUAAUGUUCCGAACAGCCAGCAGCGUAUUACAUAUACUUCCAAUCGCAGGAUUGUACACUUUUUUGCCGAAAUAUCUAGAGUCACAAUUUCGAUUGCCAACACCUUCGGCGAAUAUGAUUUCUGGCGUUGGAGGAAUUUUGGUUAUGGGUCUUGGGAUAAUAAUUAGCGGUGUGUUUAUUUUGAGAGUGAAACCAAAUGCUAGAUUUGUCGCAGCUUGGAUAGCGUUUACUGCCGUUCUGUAUGCCAUUGGGAUGGGAAUUUUGAUGUUCAUUGGCUGUCCUAUGAACGAAGUAAUCGGACUUCGAAAACUUGACGACGGCAUGGCGGUGAUAGAGCCGAUUUGUAAUACGACGUGCGAAUGCAGUAGAAAUAAAUUUGCCCCAGUUUGUGGGGGAGAUGGCAGAACUUAUUUUUCAGCUUGCCAUGCCGGUUGCCAAAAUUAUACAGAAAUAGAUAAUAAAAUAGUCGAAUUUUCCGAAUGCCAGUGUUUAGGAAGUCAUCGCCCUUCGAAUGCCACAAUCGGAAAAUCGCCACAAUUUGGAAUGGCAACUAUUGGUUAUUGUAACGUUCAAUGUUCUAGUUUCAUUUGGUAUAUAAUUCUCUUCUCGAUUUUCGUUUUUAUCCAUUCAACUUCAGAAGUAGGUUCGAUGUUAUUGAUUCUUCGAUGUGUUGAUCCUAGAGAUAAAGCUAUGGCAUUAGGACUGAUACAGUUUGCUAUAGGAUUAUUUGGUAAUGUACCAUGCCCUAUAAUCUACGGUGCCGUUGUUGAUUCGGCUUGUCUGGUGUGGAAAAUGGCUUGUGGUGAAAAAGGAGCUUGUGGACUUUAUGAUGCCAACGUCUUCCGAAUGUUCUAUCACGGAAUAACAGGUGCAAUUUUACUUUGCGCGUUUUUUGUGGAUAUCAUAGUUUGGUAUAAAGCAGGCAGUAUAAAUUUUGUAGACGAGCAAGUUCCUUUAGAAGAAGAAUUGCAUUCGAUAACAGGGAAACCGAGAUCUGAAACGAGUGUGUAGUAUACCAAGUUUAUUUUAAAUUUCGACUGAAGCAUUUUUUUAGACACCGAAAAAAAAAAUACAAGUGAUUUUACCUCAUAAUGUAAUUAUUUUUCUAUUUGGCUUAAAACCGAGUAUUUUAAUUUUUUUUUUAUAUAAACUGACGUAAAAAAUGCCUUUUUACACAUAUAACAUCUAUUUAUUCUUUUUUCAGUAUGUAAAGUUAAAAAAGUUCUGCGCUAUAUAAAGGACUGAAAAGUUGUUUUUCAUUUUUUCAAUAAAAUGCUCUUUUUUAGCCAAAUACACUGCCAAAUAACUACAUCACAGAAAUUUUAAGCAGUUUUUAAGUUAAUGAUAAAGGUACUUCAGUUUCUUAAGCGAUUGUAAUUUUACUACGUUUCUUAUUCUUGUUAUCCUCUUUUAUGAAGCUCAGGUUAGCUUUAUUUAAUUAGUAUAGAUCUUCAAAAAAAGAAAUUGAUAAAUCUGUGAUAUUUUCAGUAACGAAUGUUAUUUGACAGUUUGAUAUACACUUAAAAUUAAAUAUAAUUAGUAUAUCUAUAUAAUA